AUGUCCUCAACUGCCAACACCACCAUGCAUGAACGAGAUAUUCCUGGACUGGCUGCUCAAGCGAUAGUCUCGAGAGCAGAGACCUGUCAUACCGAGCUGUCCUUCUGUGUGCCGACAUCACUGGCCUUCGCAAAGCGUCUAACAUGGGAGCAAACCCCCUGGAUUAGGAGCAACACCAACCGCAAGUCCGCAAACCCUAUCAACGAGGCCGAUGCACACACCAUCGCUUACUCCCUUAGUAUACAUCAGGGUCAGACAGUGUCGGCGGAGGCAGUAAAGAACGCUCUGUUAUUCGGAACCACCUAUCAUCCAUCCGCCCCUUCAGACGAGCAAAUAGGAACAUACCCAUACCUCUUGGUCGUCUUUCCCCACGCCCAGGGAAACAUCUCCCGCGACACCACCUUCCUAAACACAUGGCACGACCAGAUCAUCAAGCCAGCCUUUGACCGAGCAUGGAAAGACAGCGGCCUAACGACCAUCUACGGCGCCGAAGUCGAUGGCCAAUCGCGCAUCCUCCCUCCCUCGGGGACACGCACGGUAAAGGACGCUCUGCCAGCAAAAGGCUUUCUCGAGCGUCUGCGCAACGGAAAUCCUACUUCCGUGCGAGACUGCUGGCCCGUCUGGAACGAUGACUGGGGCCUGGGGACUGAAGGUCGAUAUACCGCGGUCCGAUCCAGGAUCUACAGCGAGGCCUGGGAAGCUAUCAAAGGCAUGGUGAAAGGUCAUCCAGAUCUGCUCUCUUUCCAAGACCCGAUUCUCCUUGCCCUUUGUGGGGCUAAGAUCUACGUCGCCCCUGAGUUGCCCGUACAGAGCAAGUUCAAAUAUGUAGCGCAAGAGUGGGACAAGUUUGUUGAUGCGCGGUAUGUGGAGAACGGGAGCUUUAAGGUUGUUUUUCAGACUGUGUUGGGGACGCAGACUGAGGGCGCUGUACAGCUUGAGCCCGAACCGUUCGCUUGGAUAGGAGAUGCGACGGGUCGAAGCUUCAAGCGUAUGGUGGAGGAUGUUGGGAAAGAAGUCGGGAAAGUGGGUGAGAAAGAAGAUGAGGAUGGAGGUGAGGGUGGAGAUGAGGAUUUGGAUGCAGAUAAGCAUCGGGAUAAGCAGGCUCGAGAAGGCUAA